AUGCAAGAGGAGGAGGAGGUGCCCGCCAAAGUACCCAAGACUGACGCAGAGAAAGACGUAAAGGAGACCGCCGAGGCGGCCAGCGCGGCCGUCGUUCCAGAAACUGAACAGAAGAUGGAGGUCGAGCCUCCCUCAGCCGACGCACCCGCCGCAGAGGAGCCCGUCAAGGUGGUCACCACCAUCGAGGAGAUCACCGACUCCAACGACGCCGGCGACGCGCCCAUGCUCGACGUCGAACCCGUAGUGGAGGAGGAGACCAAGACUGAAGAGAAACAGACUGAUAGCGAGGCCAAACCUGAAAAUGGCGAAUCUGAUGCGAAACCAAAGGAAGACGUGGAGAUGGAGAACGGGCAGGCCGCUCCCGUCGCCGAAGAGACCCCUCCCGUCUCCACACCCGUCAUCGAGGAGGUCACCCUCGAGAAGGAGGCGCUCGCUGACGUAGCCGAUGAUCCCGUGCCGGUCGUCGAGGAGCCCCCGGCGGCCGAGGCCAUGGAGGUCCUUCAAAAUGUCGGGGAGGUGCUCGACAAGGAGUGCGACGAGAUUCUCUCCAAAGUCCAGGACGUCACAAACUUAGAUAGUAUCCCCGUUAAACCCCUCCUGAACCCCAUCGCCGAGGAGACUAUGGAGACUGAAAAUACAGAUACGAACGAUAUUGUCGAUAGAAUACUAGAUACCGAGUUGGAGCUAGAAAUGGAACAAAACGAGAUUUUGAAUUCGGCGGCCGGCGAGGAUAGUGAGACUAAACCGAAAAAUGGUGUUAGCGAUGAGGCUGAUGUCAAACAGGCUAAUGGAGCAGAGGAUAAACUUGCCGACAAAAUUGUAGAAUCGGACAAGAAGGAGCAGAGUAGUUCUGUAGAAGUCGCGACAGAAGUAAAACCAGACGUGAGAUGUGUAGAAACACAGGUAGAACAUAAAGAGAUUGUGGAAACCGGAUCCGCAACAGAAAGCAAAGAGGCAGAGAAUGUAAAGGUGACCGAAAAAGAGGAAACGCCAGAGAAAACAGUCGAAGAAAGCAAAGUCGAGGAAAACAAAACAGAGUCUGAAACUAUCGACGAGAGUAAGCCUGUAGAGGAAAAACCGGUAGAAAGCUCACCCGCCGAACCCCAGCCCGCCGACAGUACGCCCGCCGAACAAAAGGAAAAAGAAACAAGCAAAACGGACGAAACGAGCAAACCGGACGAAGCUAGUGAACCACAAAUGAACGGCAAAGCGACAAACGGGGACGCGCCUAAAAUGAACGGAGACUCCGAAGACGCCAGCUCUAGACUUCCAGUCGUGAACGGGAAAGCGACAGAGAACGGAGAGAAUGGGGCUAACGGGGACUCCAUGGACGCCUCGCAGGGGCAGGGCGACAGCGCCGUGGAGGAGGCCGCCGCCGACAUCAAGCUCAAGGCCGCGCCGCCCGUCGAGCCCGCACAGACCAUCGAACAGCCCACGGAAGCAUAAAGCUGACACGAGGAUGGCGAGCGGAUUUGCAGGGCUUCGUAAAGUGUAUGGUCCACAUCGGAAUGACAAGACUGAGGUUGCUUCCACGCUGAACGGCAUCACUUCCUAGUUUAUACGUGUAUUAAAAUUUUACUGUGUACUACGCGGCGGCCGCCUGUGCCUGCUAUCCGUGUGAACUAAUUUAAUCUAACUACACGCACACAUUUUAGGCGUCUUUGACAUGUUAACCCUUUACCAGGCUGAUAGUUCAAAAAUGACACUCGAAUAUUCGAAUGUCAGCUAAUCGAAAAUAGAACACGAUGUUUUAAGGGCCGUAUGUGGGAAAUAUAUAUCCCUUAGCCUGGUAAAGGGUUAAUGGUAUAUGAAAAUGUCAUUAUUGAUAUAAGAAAUACAGAAUAUUCAGAUAUGCUCAGCUUACAUUUCCUUUUUGACUGAAUCUCAUUAGAAAUUAAUUCAUAUACAACGCACAUUUGUGUCCUGGAGGUGCCAAAUAAAUCCUCAAACUACAACGAUGUUUCGUUAAGCAUGUCUGAAUGUUCCGUCCGCUUGCACAUUCCUUCGUACGCUAUAUCUAAUUGUGAUGUGUUAUCCGGGCAGGAGGCACGGACCGCCUCCGUUUCUUGUAUGUGACUAAGAUAAUUAUUCAUAAGUAUUAACUGUAUUGUGAUUCUUAAGUCAUACUUAUUGAAUUUCCUAAAUUUCAUCCAAUGCCAAACUAAUUGUAUGGUUUCAUUUGAAGUUGGAUUAUAAAAUUGUACUGUGAUAGAUAAAAUGGAGUGGUGCAUGUGAUUUGGAGGCUGUGCUAGUGCGGUACGUGGUAGAGAUGGAUGGACUUGGUUUUUGUUUCCUACUUGUUUUAAUUUAAGCUAUAACGCACACUUCGUGAUGUUUAUUUUAAUGUUUUAUUUCAACGACUUUCUGCCAUGGUGCAUAUUCUAUUAUUUAAAUUUUUGAAUUGCUCCGUCGGUCUAUAAUGAUGUAAGUUUCUUUUAAUGAUUUAUCUAGCUUUAAAUGUAAUUUGUUUAGCUUUAAGACUGUCUUGUUAGGAUACCGUGAGUGAACAAUUUUAUGAACCAACUUAAAAUGAAAAGCGAUCCUUUUGGUCUAGACUGAUUUAUUAAUGAUUUAAUUAAGUUUAUAAUACCAUUUAGCCAUUCUUGGGUCACACGUGGUCUACAGCCUACGCGGAGAGACGCGCCCGGCGAAUGUUAAGUCUGCCUAGACUUGUCGCACUAAAAAGGCGAAAAACUGAAAAAAGAAAUCGGGGUGUGUGUAACUACAACUUUCACGACCUUUUCUUGAUUUUCCACCUUUUCUGGUGAUACAAAUAUCUGACUAAGACAAUUCGCAGUAGUUCUAUAGACUGCAUUGUUCCGACAAGACUAGUUGUAUAGAUAAAGACGGCACCUGCCCGCGUAGGCUGUAGAUCACGUCUGUAAAAUAAGCUCCUUACGAUUAAUAUUAAGAGAACAUACUAUAUCUAGUUCAUACAUUUUCUACGUCGAAAAUGGACAGGUCUUGAACGCAAUUGAAAUAAUUUAAUUGUCACGAUUGCAUUAUGACGUUGAAAUAUAAUGGAAGUAGAAUUUUUAAA